UUGUUUAGAUAGCAUAACCAGAACUCCCCCAUUCCUGAUCACUAAAGUUUAUAAAUGUGCGCCGGAAAUACCUACAAGUGGCUUUAAAACCCAUUCAAAUUAUUUGAAAGUGCGAUAAGAUAAGAGUAUGAAUCAGAAAAUAAUUGACAAUGAUCGACAGACAAUUCAACUGAAAAUUCAGAGCUGCCACGCUUCAAUGAUCGCAUUUAUAUCGCAAUAAAGCGACGAAAAAAGAGUGGAAGCGAGGCGAAAAGCGCAACAUUCGACGCCAACACAAGCGGAGAGAUUCGAAUACGUGUUCCAACGCAAAAAAGCUAAAGCCAAAAAAAUUAAAAGCAAGAUAAACAAUAUAUACACUUGGCGGUGACAAAAAGCCAAAAGCAAAUAGCUGGUCGUAAACAUUUAAUUCAACUGGAGCUCCAAAGCGGGGAGAACCGAGAAAUUCGCUCAGAGAAGUUCCCCGUAUGAUUAUGUCGAAGUGAAAAAGCGAGUGAGGAAAUUCGGAGCAGAGAGUCCCCCAACUAGAUAAGACUUAUCGGGCGGGAGAACUGGAACUUCCAAUGGCCGACGAAGAUCUCAGCCCGCUGCCCUUCCGCCGGGAGCGCAAUCUGAGCAACCGAAACUUCAACAAGCGGAACUCGCGCCGCCGGAUCAGCCAGCAGGCGGCGGAGCAGGAGCGCCACCACUCCAGCGCCACGCUCGCCAGUAGCAGUCCGGAGUCCGGCGACGCCGCACGGAGGAGCAGUCCCGCCAGCACCAGCAGUUCCAGUUCGUUCCAGCUCACGCUGUCCGUGAAUUCCGACUCGGAGAGCGCCCUCCACCGCCGCUCCCUGCUCAAGAUGCACGAGGCUCACAGCGGAGAGGGUGAGGGAGAGGGAGUGGAGGCCACCCCGGGGUCACCCCUCUCUCCACAGGUGCCCGAUCCCGCCCUGCUGGACGUCCGGCAGAAGGUGCACCGCUUCGAGACGCUCAAGUCGAACAUCUUGUUCCUGAAGCAGGAGCGGCACAGUCUGAAGCUGCUGGAGAACCGUCGUCAUCCCUCCUUCGACGACUUCUCCGGCGACAAUGCCACGCCCCCGGCCACGCCCCCUCGCCGCAUACGCCUCCCGGGGCUGGGGAGCAGUCGCAGCAGCUCGAUUCCCAGUAUCCAAGGCGGCGGGAGCAUCCACGAGGUGCGAUCCGAGGACGAGGUGGAUCAGAUAUCCGACUUUGAAACGGACCUGCACGCCGUGAUCUCUGACACCACCUCGGAGGUCAUUCCAGCUACAGCCAAGGAGGUCGAGGAGGAGUCGAAGAGCCAGCACGUGCAGCGAUCCAUUAGCGCUGAUCAGUCCAAGGGAGAGGCCACCUUGCCGCUAAAAAUGCGCAGCGAUUUCCCCAGAAACUAUCGCUCCACGCCGAGACGAAAGACUGAAAUCAUUGGCACCACCAACGAGCUUCUCGUGGGCAAGUUUCACUCGGUCUACCAGCCGAAAGAUGAUGAGGAGGAAGUGGAGAUCGAGUUGCGCGACAAGAGCGACAAGUGCGUGCAUCCCAUUCUGGAGGAGCUGAUCAAGACCGAGGAGGCCUACGUGAACAACCUCUUCACGGGCAUCGAGAACUACGGCAACAUCUUCCAGCGGAAGGAUCUGCCUUUGGGUCUUCGGGGCAAGAAGUACGAUCUCUUUGGCAACAUCGAGCAGAUCGCCGAGUUCCAUCGGGACGAGUUCCUGCCCAUGUUGCAGCGCAACCGACGCGAUCUGAAGCGGUUGUUCGAUGAGUUCCUGCAGUUCCUAGAUCAAAACUGCUUCUAUGGAUACGUUAUCUUCACCAUGAACAAGCAAAAGUCCCUUAAGCUCUGCGAUCUCUACAAAAAUUACUUCACUAGUAUUCGAUUGGAACGCGAUGAUAAGUUGGGCAUUAAUAGUUUUCUGGUGCAACCCAUUCAGCGCAUGGCUCGUUAUCCUUUGCUGCUGACGCAGUUCAUCAAUACCUUCUUCAAGAACCGAGACAUAGUGAUGAAACCGCUGAUUGAGUCAUGUUGUCGGUUGGAAAAGCGCUUGAGAUCCCUGCUAACCACCACCAACGAAUCGGAGAUCAUCAACGACAUAGUGGACUGUCAUGAGUUCAAUGUCUACUACCAGGGCAAAUUCCGCAAGGUGAACGAGUUCCAGGUGGUCGACCACAAGCUGAAGCGCAGCUACCGGGGCAAGGUGUUCAUCUUCGACAAGUGCAUCAUCUACACGGAGAUCAAGGGCAAGAGCCUGCUCUUCCACGGCCGCUAUCCCUGCGAGCACAUCGGCAUCUCGGCCAAGACGAAGUCCUUCACGCUCUACUACGAGCGCAGGAAGCAGCAGGAGUGCGAGUUCACCGCCGAUCCCGUCCAGAUCGCCGCCUGGUUGGAUUUAAUCCGGGACAUGAUCAACAACUACGCCAACGAGGAGCGCCAGAAGCUGCAGGAGCGAUACUCCCGGGAGAACGACCACCUGCACCGCAAGGCGCCCAGUUUCUCUUUAUAUCGCGACUCGAAUCGCUUCAGUUCGGACAGCGGAAUCGGAAACAUCUGGAUAAUGCCCAAGCCAGACGAGGAGACGAUGAGCAACAGAACCACCUGGUACGCCGCCUCGUAGAUCGCAAGGAGACAACCUGUGUGGGUUAUGGAAAAUGGAUGGUGAAUGGAUAGUGAUUCGUUGGGAACCUGAACCCAUUCUAUCUUGAGCUGACAGGGCGGCCAAUUACCGAGGGCCACUAAGCCGAGCCAAGUCAAUAUUCCAAAUGGGAUGAGAAAUCGAAGGAAAGUGUUUCGAUUCGAAAGCUAAAUAACCAAAUAUUGAAUUAUAAGUUUAGUCGCUUAAAUAAGUUGUAUAUAUUCCCGUACUAUUGUUGUCACAAAUUGCUAUUCGUCGAACGUUCUCUUGUGCCUAGCUUCAUAAGCUUUUUUUGUUUUGUGUAAAUAUCGGACUGUAGUUGUUUUAAAAACAACUACGGGGAAACGUUUUUAAUAAAAGGAAAAAAAUA